CAUCAACAGGGGAAUAAAAAGAAACGAAGAGUAAGAAGUUCCUUUUAAUAGAAGGAGGGAACAAAAAGAGUCUCUCAUGGAUCCACGGAGACCCCUUUUCCUUUCCCUCCUCCUCUUCUUUUCCUUCGCCUCCGUCGCCCACGCCACCGGCGUCUUCCAUGUCCGCCACAAAUACCUCGACCGCAAGCGCGCCAUCGCCGAUCUUCGCGCCCAUGACAGCCGCCGGCACGGCCGGAUCCUCUCCGCCGUCGAUAUUCCCAUCGGCGGCGUCGGCCUCCCCACUGACACCGGUCUGUAUUACGCGGAAAUCGGGAUUGGAACGCCUUCGAAGAAGUAUUACGUCCAGGUCGACACUGGAAGCGACAUUCUGUGGGUGAAUUGCGUCACCUGCACCCGCUGCCCCAAGAAGAGCGAUAUCGGGAUAGAAUUGACGUUGUAUGACCCGAAGGGUUCCAACAGCGCAAGUCUGGUGUCCUGCGAUGAUAAUUUCUGCACGUCCAUGUAUGGGGGUGAGAUGCAGGGCUGCUCGCAGGGUACGCCAUGCCAAUACAGGGUCUUGUAUGGAGAUGGGAGCUCGACUGCCGGAUUAUUUGUCACAGAUUUUGUGCAGUAUAACCAAGUCUCUGGUAAUCACCAAACAACACCAGCCAAUGAAAGUGUUUCAUUUGGGUGUAGUGCAGAACAAUCUGGGGAUUUAGGUUCAUCCAAUGAAGCACUAGAUGGAAUUUUUGGUUUUGGGCAGUCAAACUCAUCCAUGAUCUCGCAACUAGCUGCUGCUGGAAAAGUGAGGAAGGUAUUCGCUCAUUGCUUAGAUACGGUAAAAGGAGGCGGAAUUUUUGCUAUAGGAAAUGUUGUGGAACCCAAAGUGAAAACAACACCAUUGAUACCCAAUAUGUCACAUUAUAAUGUCAAUCUCAAGGCAAUUGAGGUUGGUGGGGCUUUUCUACAGCUUCCAACAGAUUUGUUUGAAACUGGAGACCAAAAGGGAACAAUAAUUGAUAGUGGUACAACCUUAUCUUAUCUUCCAGAGGCAGCUUAUAAACAAUUAAUGAAUGCGAUUUUCUCGUACCAGCCAAAUUUAAGCUUCCGCACCAUUCAGGACUUUUUAUGUUUUCAAUAUAUCGGAAGUGUGGAUGAUGGAUUUCCUGAUAUUGUCUUUCAUUUUCAGAACUCACUUUCAUUGAAUGUAUAUCCACAUGAUUAUCUUUUUCAAAAUGAGGAUGAUGUCUAUUGUGUUGGCUGGCAAAAUGGUGGAGUGCAGUCUAAGGGUGGGAAAGAUGUGUUUCUUUUGGGAGAUCUAGUCCUAUCAAACAAGUUAGUUCUGUAUGACCUCGAGAAUCAAGAUAUUGGUUGGACGGAAUACAAUUGUUCCUCAAGUAUCCAAAUAAAAGACGACAAAACUGGAGCAAUUUAUAUAGUUGAUGCGCACAAAAUAUCCCCAGCUGGCAGAUUGGAGGUGGGAAUGUCCAUAUUGGUGGUGUUAUUGACCAUCAUGAUAUGUUAUUUAAAUUGUUAAGACUUUCACCAAUGAAUGAUAUAGCAUGGUUUUCAUGAGUUUGCUUCAUUCAUAUUCUUUUAGAAAAAUGUGUUCAUUCUCUUUCCUUCAUUACCAUUAGCUACAAAGAAGCAAAUUCUGUUCCAAACCCAUGCACAUCGUAACAUUAGUCAAUGAUCUUUGCCAUUUUAUUUUCUGGAAUA